UGGCCGCCCCACGCAUGUCGUGAAGAAGUGCACGCCGUGAAGAGCAGAAGCACGCCGCCCACCAUGGCCGAGGACGCCCCGACGCAGCCGGCGGACAAGGCGCAGCCCGCGACCUUCAGCUCGUUCAUCAACAAGAGCGCGUCGGGCAAGAAGUUUGCGCCCAAAGCCGCACGCCGGCGGCCGGGUGCGACGGGAGGUGCGCCGAAGACUGUGCCCGUGUCUGCCUCGAAUUCCACGCAAGAAACUGCCCCAGCGCCGGUAGCUGCCUCGAACACCACGCAAGAAACUGGCCCCGCGCCCGCACUGCCCACCGCCGCCGAGCCCGAAUCGUCGAAUGCCGAUCCAGCGCCCACGCCCGCGCCCGCGCCUCUACUGCCCACGCCCGCGCCCACCCAAGAACCUGCCGCCCAGACGCAAGACGCCCCCGCGCCAGCACCACACGUCGAAGAUGCCCCGCCAGCAAAGCAGCCGCCUCCCGCCGCAGACAGCCUCGAGCGCGGUAUCGAGCAUGGCCCCGACGACGACAUCGAGGCCGGGCGGUCGCCCAAGCGACGACGACUCGACUCGCCGCCCCGUCAGAGCACGCCGACCGUCCCAGUAGCCGUCAUGGUCCCGCCGACGCAAACCGCCGACUCGACACCGCAGCCACAGCCCACACCACAGUUGACGCAAGAUGAAGGAGCGACCACUUCCACUGGAGAGUCUGGCGAACCUGCUACCACACCGCCCACCGACGACACACCCGCACAGCCCAAGGGGAGGAGGCGGACCCUGCCGUGGACCGCCGUGAACCAGCCAGUGGACGGUGAAGCGGUCGAGCCGCCAGUGAAGAAGAAGCGCGCCCCUCGAGGGAAGAAGACGACUGGGACAGCGGGCGAGGAGGCCGACCAGCAGGAGAACGAAGACGGCAACGAGGAAGAGGCAGAGCCCACACAGACACGCGCGAGCGCCAGAUCAAGAGGCAAGCGGGCGGCAGACACCGCAGAACUCGGAGAAGACGGCCUCCCCCUGCCCAAGAAGCCGCGCAAACCGCGCAAGGAUAAGGGCAAGCAGCCGGCUGUCGACGACACCGAGGGCGACGCCGCCGCUCCACCCAAACGCAAGCCCCGCGCGCGCCAGAAGAAACCCACCCCUGACGGCGACGAAUCCACAGAACCCAAGCGCCGCGGCCGCCCCCCGCGCGAAGACACCCCCUCCGACGCCGAAGACCACACCAUCGACCCGGACGCCAUGCACAUGGACGACCUCGCAUCCCGCAACAUCCGCGUCGGCAAACUCUCGCGCCGCGAGCGCGAAAUGCGCAAAAUCGACUGGGACGCCGUCAAACAGCGCCGCCGCACCGAAGACGCGCGCCCCAUCUCCACCAAAGAAUCCCGCGCCGCCUCGGACCUCCUCCUCGCCGCAUCCCCACCGCCCGCCGCCCCAACCGGCCCCCGCUACCACCUCGUCGACGGCCGCAUCGAACUCGUCCACGACUCGGCCCUCAUCGACCGCGAGCGCGACGCCGACCGCGACCUCGCCCUGAUGCACGUCACCGAGGAAGACGACCUGACGACCCGCAUCACGGCGCGCAGCUUCAUGAAAGCGAACCGCCGGUUCCCCAACGACUUCGUGCUGCCCGGGCAGGGCAAGCGCUGGACCCCCGACGCCACGGAGCUGUUCUACCAGGGUCUCCGCUCCUUCGGCACCGAUUUCGGCAUGAUCGCGCACAUGUUCCCCGGCGUGCCGCGGCGCAGCAUUAAAACCAAGUUUACCCGCGAGGAGCGCGAGAACCCCGCGCUAGUCAAGGCCGCCCUGCGCGGCGAGAGCCAGCUCGCGUCCCACUGGUCUGCGUUCCUCGAAGCCAGCAACCUCGACGACGACGCGCUCGCCGAUGCAGACGCUAUCAAGAGCGAGCUGCAGGGCGAGGAGGCGCGGAUGCGCGCGCAGAUCGACGAGGCGCUCAGAGAGCGCGAGGAGCGCGAUAAGCAGCGGAAGCUGGCGGGCGUGGUGGACGAGGGCGAGGCGGAGAAAGGGGAGAAGGGCAGGAAGAAGAGGGGGAGGAAGGAGAAGGCGGUGGCGUUUGAGGAGGGCGUGGAGAUUGUGGGGGAGGUGGAUGAGGAUCCGAAUUGGGGGGUGGAGUAGGCGUGGCGAGGAGCUGCAGAGCAGGGAUCGUAGGAUGGAUGAGCAGUGGAGUAGCAAGACAGAAGUAGCAGCUGGUGUAGCAAAUGCAGAUACGAUACCCAUCA